AAUAUAAAAGACCGUUUCGGUUAUUUGGAAAACAUAAAGUGUUUCGUUGUGUAUUCGAAAAAUUCCACUGACUAUUAGAAGUGCUACACUUAAACAAUUUUUUCAUCAAAACUUUGUAAAUAUACUUUUUUUUCGACAUGAAGGUUUUUGUUUUAAUUUUUUUGGUUACUGCUGCAGUUCAGGCAUUAACAGACAAAGAAGAAUGGGUGAAGUUUAAGAUUAGACAUAACAAAAGUUAUAGAAAUUACAUUGAAGAACAAAAGCGAUUUACAAUUUUUCAAGAUAAUCUAAGGAAAAUCGCAAAUCACAAUGACCAAUUUGAUAAGGGACUGUCUACUUUUAAGUUGGGUGUAACCAAAUUUGCAGAUUUGACUGAAAAAGAAUUUUUCGAUAUGUUAGGACUUUCCAAAAGUAACAAAUCGACUAGAACUCGUGUUAUUCACUCACUUGCUCCAGUAAAAGAUCUUCCAUCCAAGUUUGAUUGGAGAGAAAAAGGAGCAGUAACUGAGGUCAAGGAUCAAGGAUCUUGUGGAUCUUGUUGGAGUUUUAGUACGACUGGAACAGUAGAAGGAGCUUAUUUUCUUAAAACAGGAAAACUGGUCUCUUUAAGUGAACAAAAUCUUGUAGAUUGCGCAAAAGAUAGCUGCUAUGGAUGUUCAGGUGGGUACAUGGACAAGGCAUUAGAAUACAUUGAAACAGCUGGAGGAAUAAUGUCUGAAAAUGAUUAUCCUUAUGAAGGCAUUGAUGAUAAAUGCAGAUUUGAUAGCUCCAAAGUAGCUGCAAAGAUUACUAACUUUACUUAUAUUAAGGAGAAUGAUGAAGAGGAUCUCAAAAAUGCCGUUGUUGCAAAGGGACCAAUAUCAGUAGCUAUUGAUGCCAGUUUUAAUUUUCAAUUAUAUGAUUCAGGAAUACUCGAUGAUUCAUCAUGCUACAGCGAGUUCAUUAAUUUGAACCAUGGAGUAUUGGUUGUAGGCUAUGGGACAGAAAAAGGUCAAGAUUACUGGAUAGUGAAAAACUCCUGGGGUGCUGACUGGGGAAUGGAUGGCUAUAUAUGGAUGAGCAGAAAUAAGAACAACCAAUGUGGUAUUGCCACUGAUGCUACAUACCCAACUAUAUAAAUUGUAUCUUAUCUACAUUACUUUAUAAAUUUUUAGAGAAUUAAACAUAUCAUUA